AUCGUCGAUAUAAAUCUCUUCGUCGUGGCUUUUCAGGCUGCGUGUUCCUUCAAUCAUAACCUCAAUCUAUUAUUUUCACUUAGAAUGAAAAAUAAUUAUUAUUAUUGAUCAUUUUUCUUUAAAAGAUUUGAAGUACAAAUAUCUCUGAAAUUGUUGUUUUGUGGUAUUUGUGUGGUAUGUGGUGAGUAGAAAUUUCGGUGAACUAAUCAAAUUUACUGUACUAGAAAUGCCGACGAUCGGAAUAAAAAGAGAUGUCCUUUUCAAGGCGUUAGGAAGGGAGUACACUGAAGAGGAAUUCAAUCAGUUGUGCUUUGAUUAUGGCCUUGAACUGGAUGAAGUUACUACGGAAAAGCAAAUGCUAUCUAAGGAACAAGGUGAAGAAAGCUCAAAAGGUGCUUCAGAAGAGAUCAUCUAUAGAAUUGAUAUACCAGCAAAUCGCUAUGACCUUCUUUGCCUUGAAGGUUUAGUGACUGGGCUUCUGGUUUUUCAAGAAAAGAUUCCUCCGCCUCUGUAUAAGGCCCUACAACCUGAAGGAAAUGCUCCUCAACAAACCAUGUUCAUCACACCUCAGACGCAGUCAAUUCGACCUUUUGCCGUUGCUGCAAUUUUGAGAAAUAUGUCAUUCACUGCUGAGAGCUAUGCUAGUUUCAUCGACCUGCAAGACAAACUCCACCAAAACAUUGCUAGAAAAAGAACUUUGGUUGCAAUCGGAACGCAUGACCUGGAUACCAUUCAAGGUCCAUUCAUUUAUGAUGCCUGUCCGCCAGACUCAAUCAAGUUCAAGCCUCUCAAUCAGUCCAAAGAAUAUACGGCAGUAGAGCUUAUGGACCUAUAUUCUAGUCACGCUCAGCUGAAACAGUACCUGCACAUAAUCAAGGACAGUCCUGUUUAUCCGGUGAUAAGGGAUGCUAACGGUGUUGUGUUGUCCCUGCCACCCAUCAUCAAUGGAGAUCAUAGCCGAAUAACAUUGAAUACAAAAAAUGUUUUCAUCGAAUGCACAGCUACUGAUCUAUCUAAGGCAAAAAUUGUUCUUGAUACAUUGAUUUGCGCUUUCUCACAGUAUUGUGCUAAAAAGUAUACUGCAGAAAGUGUUAUUGUUGUAAGACCUGACGGUUCCAGGCAAAAGUAUCCGGAAUUAGCAUACAGGAAAGAAAAUAUCUCAACUAAAACUCUUAAUAAGAAAAUAGGUAUCAACGAAAAAUCUGAUAGAUUAGCUAAGUUACUUACGAAAAUGUGCCUGAAAGCAACGCAUGUAAACUCAGGUAGUGAAUUGUUAGUUGAAGUGCCUCCAUCUCGUCAUGACAUCAUUCAUCCUGUUGAUAUUUACGAGGAUGCUGCCAUUGCUUACGGAUAUAACAAUAUUGUUAAAACCAUCCCACCUACCAGCACAAUUGCAAAUCAGUUUCCUCUCAACAAAUUGACUGAUCAGGUCAGGAAUUCAAUUGCUCAAGCUGGCUUUACUGAGACCUUGACUUUUGCACUGUGCUCUCGUGAUGACAUAUCCACCAAACUGAGGAAGAAGAUUGAUGACCUGCCAGCAGUUCACAUAGGAAACCCGAAAACGUUGGAAUUUCAGGUUGCUCGAACAACACUCAUUCCAGGACUGUUGAAAACUAUAUCCGCCAAUAAAAAUAUGCCUCUUCCCAUGAAGUUGUUUGAAGUAUCAGAUGUAGUAUUCAAAGACAAAGAGAAAGAGGCUGGAGCUCGCAAUGAGAGACAUUUCUCAGCUGUGUACUAUAACAAAUUGCCAGGAUUUGAGGUGGUUCAUGGUUUGCUGGAUAGAUUGAUGCAGCUUCUCCAAGUGCCUUGGAAAUCUUCUGAUGGCUACAGUAUUCGUGCUUUUGAUGAUCCUACGUUCUUUGAGAAACGAUGUGCUGAGAUUUGUUACAAAGGACAAGUGAUCGGCAAAAUGGGAGUGUUGCAUCCUGAAGUCAUCACUCAGUUUGAAUUGACUCUACCAUGCUCUGCCAUUGAAAUCAAUAUUGAGCCUUUCUUGUAGCAUCUGAAUUAAAUAAUAGAUUAUGAUGACUCCUGAA